AUGAUUUUAACGGAAAUAUCUCCUGGCCACGCUCGCCUCGUUCUGCGAGUGUACUUUCUGAUAUUUGUAAGCCUGAUCGCAUGGUUGACCGACCGUGUUCUGCAGUCUAGAGCCAAGUUGCAAAUCGUGCGCAAGGGCAGCAUCCGUGUCCACCGAACCCUGGGCUGGCUGCAGGGGUUCCAGCUGGUGAAAUCGGUGUACGAUCUCCGCCAGCUCCCCGGUGGCAAGCUUGGAUACACCGUGAUGGUGAUCCUGUUCGCGUUGUCAAAGGUGACCGACUUGCUGACGACCACCUUCGUCGUGCAAGUGGAAGUGAAAUCCCGGUGUCUGUUCGGACAAGGUCUGGUCCUCAACACCACCGGACCGUUCCUGACGGCCGCACCCCCGUCGAAUGGCAUCCCGUACAUCGUCGCACACAAUGCGCAGUACUUCAGUCUCAAUAAUACGUGUCCCGUUGGGAUCUACGCCAAGGUCAACCAAGACAUCAACUUCUGCCCCGGCACACAAGAUAUCCUGGGGAGCUGGGUGUGCUCCACCAACGCAACACGCACGUACAGCGCUGCCUACAAUCAGCAAGCAUUGGCCACUGACCUUAUCCAGCAGGGUCUGCUGUACCCCAGCCCCGCAGCCGAGUACUCCGGCUUCGCGGACGGCUACUACAACCACCUUGUGCUGUGGAGCAGCUCGGCGGGUCUCACCAGCGACAACUCCUCCGACGCCUGGAACGUGCGCGCCGCCAUACAGACCAACGCCUCCCCGUUCGAUGACAACGUCACUAUGCUCGCCUUGUCCUGUGCCAUGGACGCCGCGCCUGCGGAGACAAUUGCCCGUGCAAUGAACUCCACAGCCGCACUCGCAAACUGGCGGGCCACCUUCCAGGGCCUGAUGUACUACGGCACCGGUACGCCGUCUGUCUCCGACCCGGAGCGUGAAUUGGCCAUUCUCCUCAACACGAUGACGAUGGUGCAGGGCGGUGAUAACAUUCUUCUUUCCUUCCCCGCCCUGGAUGCGGACCAGACCCAAGGAUGCAUCGUCUUUGCGACUGAUGUGCCACUGGUCAUCGAGGCGCUUGUGUUGAUCGUCGCUGGACUGUUCGCCGGGCUGGUUGUUUUGUCUAUCAUCUAUGCCUUGAGAAUACGAUUCACUCCUCGCGGAGUACGGGAGGCGAUCAAGUAUCUGCCUGAUGGGGUCGUCGGAUGGGCGGUCAAAGCUGUGCAGGAGCAUCGGGAGGAGGAUGAACCAGACCAAUUGCAACGUGUGAGGGUUCGACGCCGAGAGAUCAAAAACUGGCUGGUUGGCUUUGAGGGUGGCGAGCCAAGAUUACGGGUCUUUCAGCCUCAUUCAGCAGAGGACAGAUGA